GUGCCGGAAAGGAUACUUGCGUUUGAGACAUCGAUGUGAAGUGUGGAAGAAAGUCACGUUCGCCGAAAUUUUGAAAGUGAAAUCAAGACUGAUAGAAUCAUUACAGUGAAUUUUUUCAACAUUGCUAUAAAAUUCUCCUGCAAACAAAGGCUUUAUAUUGCGAAGAAAAAUGUGUCUUCCUCUUCUUUUCAAAAUGACCCCUACAUUCUGCUGGGUGUUUCUGCUGGUGUGCCUGGUGGGCCGUGUCGCGAGCGUGCCGCAGCCUCUCGUGGUGGACGCCUGCGCUCUGAUCUGCAACUCCGAAGCGGAGACCGAGUCCGAACGGGAGCGGAAUACAUCCCUGUAUCCCCGAUACCCGAAAGUGGACUGUAAGCUUCAGUCCGACAAUGAUAAGAGCCAGGCGUGGGUUAUCAUGAGCAACUGUUUGAAACUGUGCAAUGUGGAGUUGUCGGUCAACAUGGAGGUUAAUUGUUACGCUCUGAGAAUGUUGCUUGCAACGAACCUGGGUUGCUACUGCGAGGAUUGGAAGAUGAAAUUCUUGGUGAAGCAACUGUCGAACGACCUCCUCACCACGAUCUUGGACUCGCCUCGCGAUAAGCUGAUCAUAUGCGAAAUUCACAAGGAGUUGUUCAACAGUACUAAGCUGGCAGUAAAUAAAUUUAGCAAUUGCUACCCCAAGCAAGAAGCCGUUUCCGCUAAAAAAGAAGAUAAUAAAAAAGAUCAAGAAGACGAAGAAUCGAAACGCCUUCGUGGAAAACCUUAUAUAUUUCUACCCCCACCGCCUUUCUUGCCUGAUUAUUAUGAACAACGCCACAACUCAAGACGAGAGACCUUAGAAUUUCGUGACGGGGAUAACUUCGAAUUCAAAGAGGAAUAUGAAACUACAAGGUUAGAAAUAGAAGCAGCAGAAGCAGAAGAAAAGAGAAAAGCAGAAGCAGCACAAGCAGAAGAAAACGAAAGCGCGGAAGCUACAAACAGAAUUUGAACGCAAAUAUUUGACACAUUUUGGGUAGAAUAAUCGGUUCAUGGCUCGUUACGUUAAAACCAAUUCUAGGCGUAAUCGGGGAAACUCCUCAGAAAGAAAUGAUUAUUUAAACCAUGUACAAUAAUAUUUUUUUU